AUAUGAUGUCUGAGGUUAGAAAAAAAAAAGCUAGGCCCAAGUUCACCUAGUCUGAACAAGAUACGGUGCUAUGUGAAAGGAGGAAGGUAGGUUGGAUGGCCAUCCACCGAAGCCCACAUUCCAUGCCCUUGUCAGCAGUUAAAUACCGGGAAAAACCUCCCAUCACCUUCCUCUUCCUCGGCUCUCUUCUUCCCAGCCCGGUGCAGCACUUGUCAGGGCUAGGGAAUUUUAGAUGGAGAAUUUUAACCCCUUCCUGCCCAGAGCAUGUGUGGAUCCCCUAUCUGUGCAGAUGGCAAGGCCCCGCCCCCCGUCCCUCACUCCAGCCUCUUGAGCUCAGAGCCAGUGUAAUCCUCCUCUUGUGUGAGGAAGCCUCUCCCCUGCAGAGAGGAGGAAAGCCUGCUUCGGAACAGCUCUGGACAAAGGGGCUGAGAUGCCCCAUCAAACCACAGCCUCCAAGCACCUCCGCACCUGUUGCCUUCAUUAGCAGCUUUUCUUCCUCCUCCUUCCAAUCCUCAGAACCAAAGAAUGUGAACGGGGUCCAUGGAGGGCUCACGUCCCCGCAUCCUGGUCGGCCACCUAGAGCCUUCCCCACCAGCCUUCGACGGCGAGCUGGAUCUGCAGCGCUACUCCAACGGACCAGGUGUGAGCGCCGGGUCGCCUGGGAUGGGAGCAGUGGCCUGGUCUGAGACUCGUACAGGCGAACGACGCUUCCCUUGUCCUGUGUGCGGAAAGCGCUUCCGAUUCAAUUCCAUUCUGGCUUUGCACUUGCGAGCCCACCCGGGCGCCCAAGCCUUCCAGUGUCCACAUUGCGGCCACCGUGCAACUCAGCGGGCUCUGCUGCGCUCACAUCUCCGAACGCAUCAGCCGGAGCGUCCACGCAGCCCUGCUGCACGGCUGUUGCUGGAGUUGGAGGAACGCGCCCUGCUACGUGAAGCCCGACUGGGGAGAGCCAGAAGCUCAGGGGGUAUGCAGUCUAGCCCUGCCACAGAGGGCCUGGCGCGCCCUCAGGCUCCUUCUUCAUCUGCCUUCCGUUGCCCUUUCUGCAAAGGCAAGUUUCGCACCUCAGCGGAGCGAGAACGCCACCUGCAUAUCCUGCACAGGCCCUGGAAAUGCAGUUUGUGCAGUUUUGGCUCCAGCCAGGAGGAGGAGUUGCUACACCACAGUCUGACGGCCCACGGGGCUCCCGAGCGCCCCCUGGCGGCUACUUCUACGCCUGAACCCCAGCCUCCACCCCAGCCCGAACCCAGAUCUGCCCUUGAGCCUGAGCCUGAGCCUGAAUCUGAACCUAGGCCAGAGCCUGAACGUGAGGUGAACCCGGCCCCGACUCCUGCAGCUCCGGAGGAGCCCCCUGCGCCACCUGAGUUCCGUUGCCAGGUGUGCGGCCAGAGCUUUACACAGUCCUGGUUUCUCAAGGGUCACAUGCGUAAGCACAAGGCCUCCUUUGAUCAUGCAUGCCCUGUAUGUGGCCGCUGCUUCAAGGAGCCCUGGUUCCUUAAGAACCACAUGAAGGUGCACACCAGCAAGCUGGGUCCUUUACGUACCCCAGGGCCUGGCUCGGUGCCUGCCAGGGCCCCUCAGCCUCCUGACCUGAGCCUGCUGGCUUAUGAGCCACUGGGCCCUGCGCUUCUCCUGGCCCCAGCACCCACCCCGGCUGAGCGCCGAGAGCCCCCGAGCCUCUUAGGCUACCUGAGUGUACGAGCCGGGGAAGUACGGCCCAAUGGUGAGGGUGCCGACCCUGGAGGUGGCCGGAGCUAUGGAGGAUUCCGCCCACUGCCUUCAGCUCCUCCCAACCGGGCUCGGCGACAGCGUACAGAAGAGCCAGAGGAAGAAGAAGAAGUCGGAGAGACAGAAGAGGACAGCUGGGCCCGAGGCAGGUCGAUGGGCUCUCUGACUUCCCUGCACCCCCACCCAGGUGAGGGGUCAGGACAGUCUGCACCUGCCAUGGGGGCCCAGGCAAGAUCUACAGCCACGCAAGAAGAAAACGGGCUACUGGUUGGAGGGGCCCGAUCCGAAGCCGGCCGAGGGGCCACUGGCAAGGACUGCCCCUUCUGUGGAAAAUCUUUCCGCUCGGCGCAUCACCUGAAAGUGCAUCUUCGAGUGCACACAGGUGAGCGUCCCUACAAGUGUCCACACUGCGACUAUGCAGGGACCCAGUCGGGCUCGCUCAAAUAUCACCUUCAGCGUCACCAUCGAGAGCAGAGGAGCAGUGCAGGUCCCGGACCACCUCCAGAACCCCCGCCCCCUUCCCAGCGGGGCUCAGCCUCACUGCAGGCGCAGUCGGGAGCUAAGUCAACUCAGGCUUCCGUCACCUGGGUAGAGGGCACUGCAAAUACCCGGCCUCCUUCAAGCAGCAGCGGACCAGGGUCCCGCAGGAAGCCUGCCAGCCCUGGGAGGACCCUGCGCAACGGGCGAGGUGGUGAGGCCGAACCCCUGGACCUGUCCUUACGGGCGGGCCCGGGAGGUGAGGCCGGGUCAGGGGGUGCCCUUCACCGCUGCCUCUUCUGCCCUUUUGCCACUGGAGCUCCUGAGCUCAUGGCCUUGCAUCUGCAAGUACACCACAGCCGUAGGGCUCGGGGCCGCCGGCAGCCCCGAGCUGACACAUCUCCACCCUAUGUCCGAGCACCAUCAGGAGAGACCCCUCCCAGUCCUCCACUAGAAGAGGAGGGCAGCCCAGGGCUGUCUAGAUCUGGAGAGGCAGGUCUUGGGGGCCAAGAGCGGUAGGAAGCCCUCUUAGGAGUGAUUAGCUUAGCAAGCUUACCCCGCAGGAGCGGGGAAGUGCUAGAGGUAGUUGGGUAGAGCAGCCAGCAGGGAGCAGUGUGGGACCCGUAUCCCAGCCCAAGGUGGACCAAGAGGUAAAAGUGGGCAGUGGGUGAAGGAGGGUCGGCAAGCGAUACCCACCCAGCCCAGGGGAGUCACAGUGCCUUAGAAGUGGCAGAGGUGAGGGUCAAAGAACGGGGUCCUAGGGCUGGUAGAGGAUGUGUUCCUGUUGAGGAGCCACUCUGCCAGUUUCUGCUGGUCCAUAGGCAUGAGAGUUUAUUUUUGUAUAAGGGGUGGGGGUGGGGGCACUGUACCCUUCUAGGCCUGUCAGGGGCCCUGUAGACGUUGCUAUUUUUGGUACGAUUCCUGUCAUCCCUGUUGAAGAGUCAUGUCCCCAAUAAACAGGUGUCUUGAGGCACAAG